GAGCAGAAUUUAUUGUUCUGACUUUCCAAGUACUUCUCCAAAAUCAGAGGUGAAAGAAUGCCAUUUACAGAAGAAUCACUCUUACGAGUGCACAUUUCAGCCUAUUUUUCUUCUAUCUGGAUAUACCAUGUGGAUAGAGUUUAAGCACGUACUAGGAACUCUUGAAUCCUCACCAACUUGUGUCAUUCCAGCAGAUGUGGUGAAGCCACUUCCUCCCUCCAACGUUAAAGCAGAAAUCACCAGGAAUGUUGGGCUGCUGAAUGUGAGCUGGACAAACCCAAUAUUUGCAAUCAAUGAUCUUAAAUUUCAAAUUCGGUAUGCUGUGAACAGGGAAGAAAUUACAUGGGAGAUGUAUGAAGUUUCAAAUGCACCAACAAGAUCAGCUGUGAUAAAAGUUCACAAGCUUUGCGUUGAGUACAUUGUUCAGAUCCGGUGCAGAGAACUGGAUGGCUCAGGUUCCUGGAGCAACUGGAGCAGAUCAGCCUAUACGCUUGUAAAAGAUAUCAGAGCUCCCUUACACGGCCCUGAAUUUUGGAGAACUAUUAUUGAAGAUCCGUCAAGGAGGCAGAAGAAUGUUACGCUCCUGUGGAAGCCACUGAUGAAGAAUCACUCAUUGUGCAGCGUGAGCCGAUACGUUAUAACGCACCAGACAGCAGGAAACACCACGUGGUCGGAAUAUGUUGAUAAUGGCACUACCUGGUCAUUUCUGUGGACUGAACACACACACACCGUUACCGUUUUAGCCAUGAAUUCAGUUGGAGUUUCUUCAAUUAAUUUUAAUUUAACUCUCUCGCAGCAAAUGAGCACAGUGAAUGUUGUCCAGUCGCUUACCGCCUACCCAGUGAACAGCACUUGUGUGAUUUUGAUUUGGACGCUUUCACCUCAAAUCCAUGUGAUCACGUCUUUUGUUAUUGAAUGGAAGAACCUUAACAAAGAAGAGGAGAUGAAAUGGGUGCGAGUUCCUCCAAAUAUCAGUAAAUAUUAUAUUUAUGAUCACUUUAUUCUGAUUGAGAAGUACCAGUUCAGCCUGUACCCCGUGUUUGCUGGAGGAGUCGGCAAACCCAGAACAACGGAUCAGUUUACCAAAGGUGGAUAUGAAAAUGAGAACAAUGCCAGCAUCUACAUGGUUCUGCCAAUAGUUAUUUCAAGCUCAGUUAUGUUGCUUGGAGGAUUGCUGGUUUCGCACCAAAGAAUGAAGAAACUGUUUUGGGAAGAUGUUCCAAACCCCAAGAACUGCUCCUGGGCGCAAGGAGUUAAUUUUCAGAAGCCUGAAACUUUUGAGCAUCUUUUUAUCAAGCGCCCUGAAGCAAUGUCAUUUGAGCCGCUUCUUCUGGAACCAGAAAUAGUGCUGGAAGACAUCAGUGUUACCAAAGUGUUGAAAGAAGACGCGGAAGAUUUUUUAGUAAUUGAUUCAAUGUUUACAAAAAUUCCAGACUCUGAACAUGACUCUGCCUGUUCUAGCAGCCAUUUCGAUCAGAGCGGCUUCUCUGAGAGCUCCCGCGAUGACCAAAUCAGAGGAGACAGUACAAGGCAGUCUGAUAUUAAAUACGCCAGCGUUAUCAGUAACUGCGGAUCCAGUGGGCUUUGCAAACAGAAAAUGAGCCUAAGAAGUUGUUUGGAUCAACGCUUCCUAGCUGAAGAUCCUUUAGUUACAGGCGCCUUCUCCAGGAGCUCCUGGGAGGUGGGAAACGGGGCGUUCCUCAUAUUAGCUGACCUGCCAGGCGGGCAGCCCAGCAAGACUCUUAUUUCUUCAGAGGGAUUUUCAGAGCCUUCAGAUCAGGAUGAUGCUUUCAGAGACAGAGACAGUCCUGAGCGCAGCCUGUACUACCUAGGGAUAACGUCAUUGGAAAAAGGAGAAAAUGACAUUUUUUUAACAGAAAGUUCCGGGGUGAUGUGUCCGUUCCAUACAACCGAUCUGCUCAAAGACACGGGGUUUUUGCAGCGUACGCCUCCUGAGUUAAAUGCAUUUAUCCAAAGUAGCCUUAAGUAUAAAGCCAUUGUGCCGUAUGUGCCGCAGUUUCAGAUGGCUGCUGCCAAGGGGCAAGAGACCACAGAGAUAGACUCUGAAGCCAUCACAACAUAA